UUGGGAACCGUCGAACGCUUCGAACGGACGCUGAAAAACAGCGUCGCGACGCGCUAGCGAGCGAUCAAAAAGUUUUCGUGUUCUCGUAGAACUCUCUUUUUCUCAUCUAGUUACCCGUAAUUUUAAGAAUGGCUUCUUAAAAUAAGGCAUCGAUAAAUUUCACUGUCAGAUUGCAAUGGCGUUAUGGAUGGUGAAAAUCGCAUAAUAUUAAAUGUUGGCGGCAUCCGCUAUGAGACAUACAAAGCGACGCUGAAAAAGAUUCCCGCCACACGGCUGUCAAGACUCACCGAAGCUCUCGCCAAUUACGAUCCGAUAUUAAACGAGUACUUUUUCGACAGGCAUCCCGGAGUUUUCGCUCAAAUUCUUAAUUACUACAGGACCGGCAAAUUGCAUUAUCCGACCAAUGUUUGCGGCCCGUUAUUCGAAGAGGAGCUCGAGUUUUGGGGACUGGACUCGAAUCAGGUCGAACCGUGCUGCUGGAGCACGUACAGCAUACACAGGGACACUCAGGCUACGCUAGCAAUUUUGGACAAGUUGGACAUCGAUUCGGAGCGACCUAGCGAUGAAGAGAUUGCCAGGAUGUUUGGUUACGAGGAAGCCUACCAUGCAGGUACUCUUACGCGUUGGCAGAAGCUCAAGCCAAAAAUUUGGGCCCUUUUCGACGAACCUUAUUCCUCCUCCUCAGCAAAGGUACCACCGUUGAAUGUACACCAUCGAAAUAUAGUCGCCGGCGCGUCGGUGUUUUUUAUCUGCGUAUCGGUUCUCUCGUUUUGCCUGAAAACUCAGCCGGGAAUGAGAGUGGAAUGCAGCCUAGGCUACAGCAGCGACCCUGACUGCACAGAGCCUCACCCCUAUUUUUUGGCCGUCGAACAUUUUUGCAACGCAUGGUUCACCUUCGAGCUUUCAGUGAGAUUUAUCGUUUCUCCAAACGUUAUCGAGUUUAUAAAAUCUCCGGUCAACAUUAUAGACUUUGCAGCAACAUUGAGCUUCUACUUGGACAUGUUUUUGAUUUUCGACAGAAAAAAUCAACUCUUGGAUUUUAUCAGUAUCAUAAGGAUUUUGAGGUUAUUCAAGCUAACGCGGCAUUCGCCUGGACUGAAAAUUUUGAUACACACCUUCAAGGCGUCUGCCAAAGAAUUGGCUUUGCUGGUGUUUUUCCUAGUUUUGGGUAUUGUGGUUUUUGCCAGUUUGGUUUAUUAUGCAGAAAAAACACAGGACAACAAGGAUAAUCACUUUAAGAGCAUCCCUGAAGGACUUUGGUGGGCAAUAGUAACCAUGACGACAGUAGGUUAUGGCGACAUGGCACCAAAAACAUACGCAGGGAUGUUCGUUGGUGCUUUAUGUGCGUUGGCAGGAGUGCUAACGAUCGCCCUUCCCGUGCCUGUUAUUGUUUCCAAUUUUUCAAUGUUCUACUCUCACACGCAGGCAAGGGCGAAGUUACCAAAGCGAAGAAGAAGAGUUCUUCCCGUGGAGCAGCCUCGAAGAAAAAAGAUAGAAAAUACGCAGAAUAGAAGGAUGAAUGCUAUAAAACACCAUCACCCUGCAGUUUUCAAAGAUGCAUUUGGUACGGCGAAAUUAGGCAACGUAAAUGGAGUUAAUGUUAUAGGAUUAGCGUUACAGGGUCCCUCCGUUCCAAGUAUAGCCGUACUACACCAUAAUGGUCCUUAUAAUUUAGCCGAACCAACCGAUAAUUCUAUUCCCGCUACAUCAACGAUAUCACCCUUACAACCCAGAGCAGCAACUACCGAUGUUUUAUCAUUGCAACCUAAAUUUUUACCUACCUUUAAUAGAGAGUACAAGUCGGAACCCAGGGAGUUACCCCCUCAAAUAUUUACAGAGCUUAAUCCCCCAAAAGUUAUGGAAUCAGACAUAGGUCUAGCAAGCGUUCCUGCAUUGGCAAUAGGCAGUUCCACUGAAGUUUUAGUCAGCAUUGUGGAAAACCAAGUGAAACUGCGGCGUAGUUCUUUCCUGGCCAACGUAAAAUCCCCAGAUUUUGACAUGGGAAAAUCCCCCAGCACGGAGAUGACGUACUCCUCGAACCAAUCUCGGAAUUCUUUGGACGCGGACGCGUUUCAGUCGCCCAGUACCGAGUUUUCUGCCCUUCAAACUCCCAACGAGGAGUUGUUCAACCUGGAUACCAACGAUAACGAGAAAGUUUGUGAUAACCGUUUAGUUAGUAACUCAAGUGAUCAAUUAAAUGAUUCUUAUGUGUAGGUUUACAUAAACUAGUCAACCAAUGGAUAGGUUCACUCCAAAUUGUUUUCAUUUUUAUUUUGCCAAAUCGCGUUUAGUCCUUCUAUUUAUUAACUACUUUGGUUAUUAGCGACUUAACAACGAAAAAACCUUUUUAGGAGGAACCCCGCUUGUGAAUUACUUUUAAACUACUAUAAAAUGUAUAUGUAGCAAAAUAAAAAUGUUACAUUUUUGGUGGACCUGCAGUUAGUCCGGGAGGCAGUGAAGAUUUUUAUCUUCUUAUUUUCCCAGUUUGUGAAUGUCAUUAAGUUUGUUCAAAUGGUGACACAAAACGACAAUUUGUGUGUCUGGCUAAAAUUUUUGGAUGGGUUCACUAGAUGAGCCAAAAAGUUAAGUCCACUUAUUUUCCCAGUCAUAAAUAUUUCACAUUAAUUAAAGUGAGUCAUUUUAUUAAUGGAAAUAACAGUCUGGCACAUCCCAAGUAAAGGAAAGUCAGUCUGGCUGAAAAUUUGCGGAAGCAAAAAUUUGACCGGUUUUUAAAAUACGUAGCCCUUAUUUUCCCAUGUUUAAAAUUUAACCCAUUAUUUGGUACUGUCAUAAACUAUAAUCAAAAUUAAGUCUGGCUGAUUUAUGAAAUUGGCAAAUUGUUCUGGCGGCAUCUUGAAAAUCGUAUGAAUUACAAAAAUUUUGCUCUUAUUUUCCCGGAUUUGAAAAUUUGUCACAUGAUAAAUAAUACUAUAAUUUCGUAGAAAAUACACGUCUGGCUGUUAUUUACAAUCACGAAAGCCCCGCCAGACUUUUCUCGUAUCUCUGAUAGUUACAAAGUUAUUCGCGAAUAAAGUUUUUUGGUGGCGGACGGACUGACAUUUUUUUUAGCCAUAUUUAAAUUUUGCUUUACACAAAUUAUUUUCUUAUCAUACAUUAUGAAAAGUAAAAACAUGUAGAGAUGACAACAAUCGCCUGAAUAAUUGAACAUGCCGAAUUUAGCGCGCCUGUGGAGGGUUGGACGAGUCUGGCAAGGCUUUCGGAGUGUUCCACAUUAGCCAGACUAUAGUCUAUAUCUGCAGCUGUAAUUAUAAUAUAAACUAUCAUCUCACAAAAUUUUUAGGACUGCGAAAAUAAGGGCAUUGGUUUUGAUAAUUUUUCCACCUGCCAGACAUAUUACCCAUACUCACAGAUUAGCCAGACUAUUUUUUUUCUUAAGUUCACUAUAUCUCUCACUAAUGGAAUUAUUUUUAUCACUGAAAAAAAAAGUGCAAUAUAUUUGUACUUUAUAACGCAUUUUCCGCCUUAACCCAUCGGAAAACCCCCCCCUAAAUAUAUAUAAAUUUUGCUCAGAAUAACAAACCCAAUAAUUGUAUCGGUGUUUGCCGACUGGAAAAAUAAGUACCGAAAAUCUUCACUUCCUCCCGGACUAAGUAUUUUUGUUGAUUAGGUUAUUUUAAGAUUGUUAAAUAGCAAGUUUAGGGUUAAAAAAGUAAUAGUCAAUUAUAGAAAGUAUUAAUAACUACUUAUUAAAGCAGAUUUUAAUACUCUCUGAUUAUUAUAUUUUUGUAAAUGUUUCCAUCAUAAAAUUUAUAAUGUUUGAAUUAAACCUAUUUUGUACAGGGUUUAGAAAAAGGGGUUUGGUCAUGAAGGCAGUCAGAUUAUAAAGCGCUUCAAGUAAUUAUUUUGCAAUGGACCCGUUUAUGGAAGAGCAACGCAUAAUAUGAUACCCACUUUAUUGAAGAUCCAGUAGCUUUAACGAUUUGCUAAUGAGCUAGAAACAUAUUAGUGUUCUGCUAAAAAGCGCGUUUACCCACAUAAACAAAAAAUGCUUGAAAUUUGAGUACCACCAUGACCGCCGUUGUUGCGUUUUACAGUACUAUGCUCCACUCCUCAAUGUCCCACCACGUGACCAAGUACGGAACAGUCUUUUGAAAAUUUGGCAUUUAAGGCUUUUCAGGUUAUAUAUCUGUCAAAGUAUAGUUAAUGAAAGAAAUCAUAUUUAUAGUGUUACCGCUUAUGCUUAAGCGUUAAAAGUUAAUAAAUCUUUAUAUUAUCACAAUAACAUGGUUGGUUUAAGAAUUUAGGAAUAUAAAUACUGCAUUUAAUGAAAUUCCAAAGUGUAAGGUGCAAUAUACAUAAGUGAUAUUUUUGUGCAUUGGGUCUACAUUUCUCCAUAAAAUAGUUUUAAUUAAACAGCAUUUAUUAAAAAAAAUCUAACUUCUCUAUUGUGAAAUAAGAAUAUCUGUAUCAAAGGUAGAUUAAUGUAUUAGAACAAAAUAUUUCAUCUAAUUUUGUAUUUUAAGGUUAGAAAAAUCUAUUUUGACCAAAAUAAAUAAGUGGAUUAUUUGGAAGAGUGUGUUAAUUUGGUCGUAAAUAAAUAUAGGUAUACUAAAUAAUUGUUGAAUAGUGUUCAAAUUAAAAUGAAGCUUUUAUACUUCUAAUGACAAAACUUGUGCAUACCUCUCGGCAUACCUACUUUAAGUUAGAUUAUAAAAAAACAAACCAUUUUUAGAGAAACUUGCAAUGUGAAAAUAUUUAAUACUGAAAUGUGAUUUAUUAAAAAUUUAAAAGUUAUAAUGAUUUUUCAAUGUAGAUCAAAUUUAGUGGAAGCUUUUUAACUAUUUGUAUUGACAAAACUUUAUGUAGGUACACUUUAAGCUGGAUAAGAAAAACCACAUUUUUAAAUACCAUAUUAUACAGUCUUUUAAAUAAUCCAAAAUACUUAUUUAUUUUAGUCAAAAU